UUAAAACAUUGGCGUUUAUAUGACUUACUGCUUCGUUAAACAUGUAUUUGCAUUGGACAGAAACGCGCCGGACGUUUCGCCGUACUAAUAAACGUGUUUUUAAGGGUGGCUCGGCCAGUCGCGUGAACCAAAAUAACCAAAUGCACUUCCGAAAUAAAUACAUGGCAACUGGUGGAAGAGGAAAGAUUCUGUCCAAUGCGCGAUUAAACAAAGCUGUGAGUAACGCGUCAAAGCAAAGGAAACUAACAACAGGGCAGUAUGGCCACCACUGUUGCUGUCAGUCCCAGUGAAUACCUUCAGCCCUCCGCCGCUUCCACGCAAGACGCCCAGCCCUCUCCUCUGGCCCUCUUGGCUGCCACCUGUAGUAAAAUCGGCCCUCCUGCCGUUCAGGCUCCCGUCACCUCUCCGCCGGCGACGCCGCAGCCUCGCAGGCUCCUCCCCAUAAAGCCGGCCCCCAUCGCCCCGGCUCCGCCCAAGAACCUGGGCUUCCUCUCGGCCAAAGGCAAUGUGAUCCAGCUGCCCGCCGGUCUGGGCUCCACGGCCCCCGGCAGCCCCAUCGUGCUCACCAUCCAGCAGAGCCCGGGCCGCGCCAACACCUCCGCCGCCCCCGCCAACAUCCAGUACCAGAUGGUGCCGCAGAUCCAAGGUGCCCAGACUAUCCAGAUGAUGCCCCAGGGAGGUCAGAUCCAGCUCAUACCGGGCACCAACCAGGCCAUCAUCACCACGCCCAUGAACGUGCCGGCUCCCGCGGUCGCCGCCGCGCCGCUCGCGCAGCAGAAGACGGUGGCCAUCAAGCCCUCCCCGAAGUCGCGCAAGCAAAACAACUCCGCCAACGUGUUGCAGCUGCCCGGCGGGAUAACGCUGCCGUUCAACGUGGCGACCGGAGAGGUGGGCGGGACUCAGUACAUCGCCGAGGCGACGGUCGCCCCUCCCAGACCGGGAAGGGGAGGGGGGCGAGGGAGGAAGAAGAAAGUGGUUCUGGCUGCUUAUUCUCAGCUUGCUCCUCCUCCUGCCUCUCCGCCCCCGGAGCAGAUGGAGACCAUCCUGAUAGAAGCUGGAGACAACAUCAUUCAGGCGGGUAACAACCUGCUGAUCGUGCAGAGUCCCGGGCAGCCGGCUAUGGUGCAGCAGGUCCAGCUGGUCCAGUCCAAACCGGAGUCUCAGGUGGUUCAGAUCCCCCAGCAGGCCCUGAAGGUGGUGCAGGCCGCCUCCGCCACAUUACCGCCCGUCCCGCAGAGACAGCCGAGCCUGCAGGUCUCUCAGACGGAUCAAACACCAACGCAGAUCCUCUUCAAAACGGCGUCCGGCGAGUGGCAGUCUGUCCAGAUCCAGGACCCCGUCUCCACGACGACGCCCCCCGCCGCUUCGGUCGCCAUCUCGCCGCCGGGCGGCGUCAAGAGGACGCAGGCCGGGGGACGCAAGGAACGGACUCUGGCGAAGAUCGCCCCGGCGGGGGGGAUGAUGUCGCUGAACACGCCGCAGCUGUCCUCGACGACGCAGGCGGUGCAGACCAUCAGCAUCAACGGGGUCCAGGUCCAGGGCGUUCCCGUCACCAUCACCAACGCCGGGGGCCAGCAGCACCUGACGGUGCAGACCAUGCAGGGCGGCCUCCAGCUGGCAACAACGCCGGGCCAGCCGGCCAUCCAGGUGGACCAGACCAUGACCCUGGAGCUGCCGGCCCAGCCAGGAGAGAAGAAGAGACGCAUGGCCUGCACCUGUCCCAACUGUAAAGACGCAGACAAGAGGCCCGGGGAGGUGGGGAAGAGGAAGCACAUCUGCCACAUCACCGGCUGCGAGAAGACGUUCAGGAAGACGUCGCUGCUCAGAGCUCACGUCCGGCUGCACACCGGCGAGCGGCCCUUCGUCUGCAACUGGGUUUUCUGCGGGAAGCGUUUCACGCGCAGCGACGAGCUGCAGCGGCACGCCAGGACGCACACAGGAGACAAACGCUUCGAGUGCAGCCAGUGCCAGAAGCGCUUCAUGCGGAGCGACCACCUGACGAAGCAUUACAAGACUCACAUAAACACCAAGAACCUGUGAGCGGACACGCAGACUGACUCUCUGAAGACUGGAGACGGUGUUCGAGGACAAGGAAAGGAAAGGAGGGGCCUGAGGAGACGACACCAAGGAGGGGUCGGGGAGGGGGGAGUGUCUAAGACAAGGUCCCCGUAUCCCCUCUCAGUCCUCCAAGACACUGUUGCGUGGUGUACAAAGAAAUCCCCUUUCCUGGUGGACUUAGAACCGAUCCAGCCAAUUUAAUAAUAGUCCGUCUUUUGUUUCGUUUCCUCUGGUCCGAGUGGACUCCAGAAGCCGGGAGACGUUGAGGCUUCAGGCUUCAGACGCUCAACUCCACUCGCGUAUUUAUGAACUUCUUUGGGGGGGCAAGAACUUACAGAACUAUUCAGACUGCAACACCAAGAAAGACCACCAAAUCCUGCUUGGCUUUUUUCUUCUCAUCCUUUGUUUUUGUCGUGGACGAUCCCAGGUAUUGGCUUUCAAGCACCCAAAAAGGAAAGAAAAUUCAACAUAAUUGUUUUGUAAAUUUAACAGAUGUGUUUUACCCCAAUUUUGUUUUACGGUAUAUAUGUUUCAGAAGGAUUUAUAACCUGUAUCCCCCCCCCCCCCACCCCAAUAGUUGGGGACCAUUACAGAAAAACUCCACUUGCAAGACUUUUGAAAACCUUUUAGAAGUUAAACUUGGCUAUUUUUUUAAAAGUGUGUGUAUGCAUACAUACAUUAUAUUAAUAUCGAUAAUAAACUAUUUAUGACAUUUUUUCCA